AUGAACUUCACAAACCCAGCCGGUGAUGACUUGUUCUUCGAUAAAAACGGGGACUUGGCCGCAGGAUAUGACAUUCUGAACGUGAUUUAUUCGUCUAAUGAAACCCUGCCUUUUGUCCCUGUUGGAUCUUUUCGCCCUCAAGCUGUGUUGGAACACGAGCUCAUCAUUAACAAGAGCGCCAUCCAGUGGUACAGCAGCUUCGAACAGCUUCCCAAUUCAGUGUGCAGCAAAAACUGCCUACCUGGAUAUCGUAAGAAAAUCCGCGACGGGGAGCCAGCCUGCUGCUUUGACUGUGUGCCCUGCACGGCUGGAAUGGUUUCCAACCAAAGUAAUGUGAAAAGUUGUUUGCAGUGUCUGGAAGACCAGUAUGCAAAUGAGAACAGGGACCGAUGCCUCCCAAAAACCAUCACAUUCCUGGCCUAUGGCGACCCACUGGGGCUAACCUUGGCAUCUCUGGCAAUCUCCUUCUCCCUCCUCACCGCUUGCGUUCUGGUGACAUUUGUCCAGUACCGCAACAGCCCCAUCGUCAAAGCCAACAACCGCCAUCUCAGCUACGUUCUCCUCAUCUCACUCCUUGUCUGUUUUCUCUCCUCCUUGAUGUUCAUUGGCUAUCCUCGGAAAGGAACCUGCCUGCUACGGCAGACUGUCUUUCGGGUUGCUUUUGCUGUGUCCAUCUCUUCCGUCUUGGCCAAAACCAUAACGGUGGUUUUGGCCUUCAAGGGUCCUGACAUGGGCCACAGACUGAGGACCUGGUUACAAAAUGGGACAUCCUAUUUUAUUGUCCUUCUCGGGGCCCUCGUUCAGAUCCUUCUUUGCUCUGUCUGGCUGGGAACAUCUCCUCCUUUCCCUCAGAAUAACACUCAAGCAGUAGUCAGGCAGAUCGUGGUCCAGUGUGAUGAAGGAUCCAUAGGUAUCUUCUUCGGGACACUGGGCUACCUGGGUUUUUUGGCUGCCAUCAGCUUCACAGUUGCCUUCUUGGCCAGGAGGUUGCCGGACUCUUUCAACGAAGCCAAACACAUCUCUUUCAGUAUGGUCGUUUUUUGUUGCGUCUGGAUCUCCUUCAUCCCUGCGUACCUCAGCUCUCAAGGGAAGACUGCCGUUGCCAUAGAGAUCUUCUCCAUUUUGGCUUCCAGUGCUGGGAUUCUGGCCUGUAUCUUUACUCCAAAAGUCUUCAUUAUUUUGAUGAGGCCGGACAGGAACAGCAAGGAAUUUCUGAGGAGGAAAUGAAAUCCCUUCUAUCUCAUCCGAGGGCCCUUUCUAUUUUAGGUUGA